AUGGCAUUGGUGGUUGGCGAAGGCAACAGGCAACUCGAAGACAAUAUGUGGCAAGAUGAGGACGCCGCUGCCGCCGAUAUUGAGCUGGCGAAUCCUUGGCGCCACCCAAUAGCUGUGCCUGACAAGCAAUCCCCGGAUAAGAAGGCGAACGCUAAGGCAUGGGCUCGCAUGCUCGCAUGCAUCGGCAAGUUGAUUUACUACGGGGAUUAA